GGUGAAUAUGCUGAAAGUUUCUGCACCCGGAAAAGUGAUAUUAUUUGGCGAACAUGCUGUUGUCUACGGUUAUCCUGCGAUUGCCGUAUCCAUUGGACUUCGGUGCGUUUUUUCAUCAAAAAUCGACUCAUGCGCUACCGAUACCAGUUCACUAUCAGUGCAUUUACAUGAUAUUGCCAAGACCGUGAUAAAUCUGCACCGGCCAGGAAAGCUUGAAGACAGGAGGCGCGCGAGCUGGCCGCAUGCACAGCACAAGUGGAGACUACUCCGGUAUUUCACAGCAUCUGCAUUUGUUAUUAUCUUUUGAUGCGCACAGCACAAUUGGUUGCUUUUACUCCAUUUUGUGAUCGCGUUUUGUUUCGGCCGGGUUUCGCCGUUAAAGUGGAUGUCAAUUCGAACAUACCUACUGGUGCUGGCUUAGGCUCUUCUGCUGCGUUUUGUGUCGCCGCUACGACAACAUUCCUUCUUCUUUCUGGAUACUCUACUUUAGGCGAAAAUUUUUCCCCGAAUGAAGAACAGCUAGAAUUGAUAAUGUCACUCUCACGUGAGGCAGAAGCCAUAAUUCACACCAGUUCUUCCGGUGUGGAUACGACUGUUAGUACCCUUGGAGGUGCCAUUCGAUUCGUUAGAAGUGGUUCCGCCUUUAAUUACCUUACUAUCAGUUCUCCACACACUUCAUGGAACAUCCUGGUAGUCGACAGCAAAAUAGGUCGGUCCACAGCCACCGCUGUGAAGGCCGUUGCCGAUCUCUACCACAGAGAUCGGGAUUCUGUUAUGGCGAUAUUUGAUAAACUAGGACUUAUAAGCGAUCGAGCCUUGGAUAUACUCGUAACCGAUCAGGACGUAUCCCGGAUGGCUUUAUUGUUCAUCGAGAGUCAGGAUCUGCUUGCCAAAUUGGGUGUCUCGUGCCAAGCGAUUGAAGAUAUCAUUGCGGACCUCAGCAAACUCGGUCUUGCCGCCAAACUUACUGGUGCUGGAUGUGGGGGUUGUGUGAUCGCACUACCAAUGUCUCCCGCCUCUUCAUUAAAUGAGAUGCUUCAGAGUAGUUUGGAUCCCAUGCAGAAAAAAUCCCUUUGGGCUGAAGUGGUUCCAACGUUUGUCGAUGGGGUGCGGGCUACCGUAGAUACAGUUGGAAGCGAAUAGCCUGUACAGCCAUCAAAAACUACGCAAGUUGACUCAGAAGCAGCUUUAAAUCGGAUUUACACAUUUACUACUCACGUAAAGAAUGGGAUUGGUUUCGGACUUGCACAUUACCCAGAUAUCGGAGAAGUUCCGUUCGAAGGUCGACCGCUUCGGAAGCUUGUGGAUGGAAGUUACCAUACUUCUUAUGAUUUCAGUCGGUACUAUACAUAUGGACUCACCAACACCCUUCUAUCUGAUAGUGGAUGUGAACAUAUGUUUGCAUGUAGAUUACCUGGCCCCUGCAACUAAUACAAAUAAAUAUUGUUACUUGGUGCGAACUUUUCAAUGAUCACUUCGCUAGAGCUCGAAUGGCCACACGAUCACCUUCAAUAGACUCGCGACAAAAUUCAUAAAUGACGGUAGUAUCUGAAAAGAAUCCUAGAAUCAAGAGACACGAAGUUGUCCGGGAACGAGACAAUCAAAAACAGCACUGGCGCGGCAGAACUAUUUAGGGAGUUCUUCAUUU